AUGAUGAAUUUUUAUGGUAUAUUUCCUGUUAAACCUUUCAAAGCAUUUUUCCCCAACCUUGAAGUAAUGAAAAGUGUAAGCGAAGAAGGAAGUAUGACUGAAAAAGAUUUGUAUAGCAUUUGGAUUGCUUGGACUGCUGAAGUCG